GGUGACAGUAGAGACACAACUUGCUAGUUAGUGGGUAACAGCAGACUUGCUACAUUUAUUUGAAUUUGAAUUUUUUUAAAUAAAAAAAUUUGCAUUUUUUCCAGUUGUGCAGUUAACAACGCAACGAAUAGAGUGAACGUGAUAAAAACAUAGAAAAUUCAAAAUUGGCGGCGAUAAUGUUCCAGAUUGGCCAUCGGAAAAUUGCUUGUUUAAUCGUGACGGGUUUCCUGUUAAAAAUGGGACUGCAGUUCUAUUUGGAUGGAACACAGCAAAUUGCGAAGGAGGAUCAAACAACACCGAAAUCGGCCAAUGACGUCGUAAACGAGCGCUAUCAAAUAUUUGAGAGUUAUUUCAACGAUUCUCUUUCGGAUAUUGACACACCAUUCAAGCGGAUACUAUUUUGGAAUGGCGUUUAUGGGAGCAAGGAUUACGGUAUUGGGAUCGGCCGCGACGCCAUGAAGAAAUCAGGCUGCCCAGUUUGGCAGUGUGAAACUUCGGAUAACCGCAGUGACGUCAUGGAAUACGACGCCGUUGUGUUUCACCUUCGCACCUGGACAAUUAAUGACCUGCCGGAAGGUAGAUCACAAAAUCAGCGCUACGUUCUCUGGAGCUUGGAAUCGGCUGCGUGGUUCGCCGAUACGAUUCGAAUGGCGAAUUUCUUCAACUGGACCAUGACGUACCGUUGGGACUCGGAUAUCGUGGGUCCUUACGGUUACAUAGUACCAACUGGAGACGUCGCUCUUCAUCCCAGUGAAGACGAAAUGAAAUUCUAUUUGUCUAAACCUACACCAGUCAACUACGCCAAGGGGAAAACGAAAAUGGCUGCUUGGUUUGUUUCAAACUGUAACUCUGCGAGCAGUCGGAAUGAGAUGGUCAAAAUUCUUCGUCUGAAUGACUCCAGCGAGGAUUGUCGACAAAUGGUUGCCAAGAAAUACAAGUUUUAUUUGUCCCUAGAAAAUUCGCUGUGCCGCGAUUACAUCACUGAAAAAUUCUUCGGUAUGAUGCACCACCCGAUAAUACCAAUCGUUUUCAGCCUUCACGAAGACCACGAAUUAAUAGCGCCGACGCAUUCGUUCAUCAACGCCGCCAAAUUUGAAAACAUGAAUAAACUUGCCGAUUAUUUGAACCUCCUCGACAACAACGACACGCUGUACAACCAAUAUUUUUGGUGGAAGCCUCAUUUCCAAGUGCGCGACAGCCCAAAGUACACCAAUAAAGGAAUGUGCCAUUUGUGUGCUGCUCUCCAUAACACGACGAUGCCAAUGAAAUUCUAUCCCAGCAUAAUCGACUGGUGGGAAAAAGAAAUGUGCAUUAUUUCUCCGCAAAUCGCAUAAAUGUUUUAAUUGUAUCCUUGUCAUUGCUUUACGUUAACUUCAAUAUAAUUUAAUCAAAUUGUCAA